AUGGCACAAGGAAGCACCUCCUCUACAGCAACCACUGUAGCAUAUGGAUCAAUGAGUGCACCUAGUCCAUCAAACAUGGGCAACAUUGCACACCUUCUUCCCAUCAAGUUGAGCGGGAACAACUUUAAUCUAUGGAAGGCUCAGUUCAUGCCAAUUUUCAGACUUCACCAACUAUUGGGAUAUAUUGAUGAUACGAGUCCCUGUCCUCCUCAAUAUGUUAAGAACUCUGUCCCUGGAACUGAUACUGAAGACACAGUGAGUGUCAAUCCUGCUUAUAUUACUUGGCAAAAAAAUGAUCAAAUGAUAUUAAGUUGGAUCAUUGCCUCCCUCAUUGAAUCCACUAUGGCACAUGUUGUUAGUUGUUCUACAUCCUAUGAUGCGUGGCAGAAACUUACCCGGACAUAUUCCUCGUCCUCUCGUGUGAGAGUUCAACAAUUGAGACUUCAAUUAGAAAAUCUCAAGAGAGGAUCUACUAGUUGUACUGAGUACCUUCAAAAUGUGCGUAUCAUUGCUGAUAAUCUUGCAGCAAUAGACAAGCCAAUGUCUAAUGAAGAUCUCAUUUUGGCCGCUCUAUGA